UGGCAUCGCGGCAGUGAGGAAAGUCAGCGAUGCGGGUGACACAUGGGGACGUGAGGGUUAACAUCAAGCUGCAGCCAUGGUGCAACGUUCCCAGAGAACACCUACAAGAAAAGACCUUCUCUUCACCGUUGCCUUGCACCAGCAACGGAACGAGGAGGAACCAUGGCAGGGGACGUGAGUGGAAGAUUGAUGACAAACCUGUAAAAGUGGACAAGUGGGAUGGUUCAGCCGUGAAGAACUCGUUGGACGAUUCCGCCAAAAAGGUUCUGUUGGAAAAGUACAAGUACGUGGAGAACUUCUGCCUGAUAGAUGGCCGCCUUGUUAUCUGCACAAUCUCUUGCCUCUUCGCCAUCGUGGCUUUAAUAUGGGAUUACCUUCACCCCUUCCCCGAAUCCAAGCCAGUUCUUGCUGUCUGUGUUGUAUCGUAUUUUGUUAUGAUGGGGAUUUUGACCAUCUAUACCUCGUAUAAGGAGAAGAGCAUCUUCCUGGUAGCACAUAGGAAAGAUCCAGCUGGAAUGGAUCCCGAUGACAUCUGGCAGCUUUCCUCGAGUCUGAAAAGGUUUGACGACAAAUACACCCUGAAGAUGACAUUCAUCAGCGGCAGAACCAGGCAGCAGAGGGAGGCGGAAUUCACCAUGUCCAUCGCCAAAUUCUUCGACUGCAACGGCACCUUAGUCAUGGAAGCCUUUGAGCCAGAAGUCUCCAAGCUUCACGACAGCCUGCUCACAGAGAGGAAGAUAAAAUAGGCUCCGUCCGGCGUCCACCUUACCCGCUGGGCUCAUGCUGAGUUUAAGCCAAUAAAGCAAAAUAGCAACGAA